ACAAACCUAUCGUAGAUCUUAAGUUUCGUUUCCUCCGUCUUACUUCCGCUGAAACAGCUGCGCUUUCAUUUUUAAAGCCAGUGUGGAUCAUAACUGACGCUUACUGUAGGCUACAUUACCACAGAGCUCACGGUACCAACGGCAAGAAGCAUGGUACAGAAAAAGCUUUCUAAAGCUGAUUUGCUUGCAGUUGGAUUGGACUUUAUAGAGUGGCUGGAGGAAAGCAACAGGAGAGCCACUACUGAUAGAACCACUCUCAAAACAGCCUACAAUGAAGAGUUCCGAGACAGGGAUGGAGUCAGAGACCCAAACUUCUCUUCAGUUCUCUUUGCAAUGAGAAUGUGCAGAAAAGCGCGCGUCACCAAGACAGAUGUUUACUUUGGCCGAAAUGUCCGAACGAGGCCACUUGAUCAAUGGGACAGACCCCAUCGCAGACAGUCAAUCAAAGCUAAUCCCCCUACUAUGAGAAAUGGUAGCUCACCGCCAUCCGCUAGUGCGCAGGGUCCUGACCCACCAUCAGUGCCAGGGCCAGAGAGUGGAGUCAGAGGCAGGAGAAAACUGGCAAAAGACAUCCUACGUCGACUGAACAGUACAGAGAGGUCUGUGUUUAUAGCUGAUAAGCAUGGGGUGCGGGUGUCCUCAGAGCUGCAAAUAGAGGAUGGCAAGAUCCAGUUGUGUGUGGAACAGGCAGAAGUUUAUGAGCUGAAGCUGUUUGUGGAGAACACGGGUCAAGAGGCCGUGUAUUUCACUUACUACACUGCUCUUCACUGGCUGCAGUGUUUCACUCUGGAAGACAGCAAGAAAGUCACACGCAACAAUGAACUCCGCCUGGAACCAUGUGAAAAGUAUGAGGUGACCUUGAAAUUCAAAUCAGAUGAUAUGGGAGUUCAUUCAGCCAUUCUGGCAUUUGAGUUUAAGGAAAAUACCCAGGUCACCACCCGUCCUUUCCACAUUGUGCGCUUCAUUGAGGCAGAGUACAGGUCUGAGCUUACAGCACUACUGGGUCCUACAGCACCAUUUAGACAUCAAAAGCUUGAGACCUAUGAGCCAAUGAGGUGCAACAUAGAUGAGGGCAUUCCACCCGAGAGUUCUACCCAAAGCUUUUUGAAAUUUGUGCUGCCACUGGUGCCUUACCAUCUUCCUUCUUACAUCUCUGACUUAGUUGAGGUCCUGAAAGUUAACCGUUCUUUCCCGAGUCUCAGAACACAGCUCCAGGAACAAAAGUCACUACUUGACAGUGAUCUGGAUUUUCUGAACUACGAUAAGCGCUUUGAUUUACUUUUGUACCUGGAGGAGGAUCAGAUGCGUCUGGACAUUAAGAGAUAUAACAAAGAAGAUGUGUCCAUGGAGAAGGACCAUGAGAACAGACGACUGCUGGUCUUAGAGCUCCCUGGUGUAUCAGAGAACAGGCCAUCAGUCCUGAGGGGAGAUCACCUGCUUCUCACCAAGAGUGAGGAGGUCAAUUUCUCAACUGUGACCAAAUACAAGGGCUACGUCCACAGAGUGGAACUGGAUCAAGUCAAACUGGGCUUCUCCAGAAGGCUGCUUGACGAUUUCAUAGAUAAUAUGAAGUUCCGUGUGGAGUUCACAGUGAAUCGUCUCCCAUUAAAACUGCAACACAGAGCUGUACACAUGGCGGUCCAGCACAACCUCAGAGAUGUGCUGUUCCCCGUGGGCUCAAGGAAUGUGACCCCUGUUUCUCCCCCUGCACUGAGACUCUUUGAUCAACAGCUUGAGAGGAACCCUGAACAGAAAACUGCAGUAUGUAACAUCGUUGCCGGUACGUCCAAGCCGGCACCGUACCUGGUGUUUGGACCUCCUGGCACUGGUAAAACCGUCACGAUAGUAGAAGCCAUCAAACAGGUGGAGAAGAAUAUACCCGAUGCCUAUAUCCUAGCUUGCGCUCCUUCUAACAGUGCUGCUGAUCAACUGUGUGAAAAGUUGAUCACUAGUCAACAUGUUGAUGCACGUAAAAUAUACCGACUCUACGCUAGUUCACGCAAUCCAAAUGAAAUCCCUCAAGUCUUACAGAACAACAGUAAUGUGGAAGGAGGAAUGAUUAUUUUCCCAUGCAAAGAGGAUCUAAUGUCCUACAAGAUCCUGGUCAGCACUCUAGUCACCGCAGGCAGACUGGUCAGUGGGGGUUUUCCUGUGGAUCAUUUUUCUUACAUCUUUGUGGAUGAGGCAGGACAUGCUGUGGAGUCAGAGACCAUCAUCAGUGUGGGAGGACUGCUGAAUGCAGAGACUGGGCAGCUUGUUUUGGCUGGAGAUCCCAAGCAGCUGGGACCAAUCCUGAGAUCUCCUUUUGCUAUUAAAUACGGACUGGGUCUUUCUUUGCUGGAGAGGCUGAUGACACAAAAUGAACUUUAUCAGAAAGGUACUACAGGAUACGACAACCGUUAUGUCACCAAACUGCUGCGGAACUACAGGUCUCAUCCAUCCAUUCUGAAGGUUCCUAAUGAGUUGUUCUAUGAUGGAGAGUUGCUGUCAUGUGCAGAUGUGAUCAGCUCUAACCAGUACUGCAGCUGGGAGUACCUGCCCAAAAGAGGAUUUCCAGUGAUUUUCCAUGGAGUGAUUGGAAAGGAUGACAGAGAGUCAAACAGCCCCUCCUUUUUCAACAUCUCUGAGAUCAACAUAAUCUUAGACUACCUGAAGAAGCUGCUCCUGACACAGGCCAAGAAGGGCAUUCCAAAAAUUUCCCCCAAAGAGAUUGGUAUUAUCGCCCCCUACAGGAAACAGGUAGAGAAAAUCAGGAAAGGCAUCAAGAUUGACAGGGAACUUAGAUCCUGCAUUGGCAUUGAAGAGUUAAAGGUUGGUUCCGUGGAGGAGUUUCAAGGCCAAGAGAGGAAAGUGAUCAUGGUGUCAACUGUUCGCAGCAGCAAGGAACACUUCACUUUGGACGAAACAUUCAAUAUUGGGUUUCUCAAGAAUGAGAAGAGAUUCAAUGUGGCGGUGACGAGAGCAAAAGCCCUGCUGAUCAUGGUGGGAAACCCCAUCAUUCUACAAACAGACACAACCUGGGGCAGGUUUAUUAAUUACUGCAUUGAGCAGGAAGGUUAUACUGGAUAUGAUAUUUCCAACUUGGAGGGAACGGAGGAGGUUGUUAAGCGUCUGAUCGCUCUAAACAUCCACCAGGAGAUCACAGUGGAAACAGAGGAGAGUGUGGUCCAGCAAUAUGAGAAUCCUGCAUGGAGACAUGAACAUUAAAAUGAAGUGUCAUUAUUAAAGCCCCUCCCACUCAGGUCUUCAUUAGCAUAGCCACACCCCUUUGUGAAGUUACACUGGAAAAGUCUUAAACUUAGAAGCUUAAUGUUAAAGCUAAAACAGUACUAUGAUAUAUGCAUUAAAUUGGUAAUUCAUUGUUCUCAAGAUAUGCUUUUAAUAAAACUUGUCUGUCUAUGCAAUAGAAACUAGAAAGGAACUUUUUUAAAUGUAUAGAUUAUGAUCAGAGCCGGACAGUAACGGAGUACAUUUACUUGAGUCGAGUACAAUUUUGAGGGAUCUGUACUUUACUCGAGUAUCAUUUUUGGAGAGUACUCAUGACUUUACUCAAGUACAUUUGAGAGGCAAAUAUUGUACUCUUUACUCCGCUACAUUUCUAUCCAUAACCGUGAGUACCCAUUACUUACUUCUAAA